CUGAGUGGGUUCGGUUGGCGGACCGAGAUGAACCUGGUCCAGGUUCUGCCGAGCCAGGCCGAGGCCCACCUGGAAGGGGGGAGCGCCCCAGCAGAGGACCUGGUCCCGGAGGUGGUCAGCGGGGGCAGUGCUUCAGAUUCUGAUGGCGACGAAGACAUUGCCGCCAUUAGGAGGCCUCGCCGGAACGCCAUCAGAGACAGCGACAGCGAGGAGGAGGAGACCAACAGGAGGACAAGCCCCGCCCCCUCCAGCGGCAGGGGGACAAGCCCCGCCCCCUCUGAUGGCGAGCAGGAGGGGAAGAGGGGAGUGAAGGCGAAGGAGCAGAGGAAGAGAGGGAGGCGCCGGCAGGAGGCGGCGAGGAGCAAAGCGCCGCGGAGGCUGAAGAACAAGCAGCGACUUAGCGGGGGAGAGCCGGAGCCUCCUCAGAAGGACAGCGGCUGCCCUGUUGAAGGCGCCGAGGAGGAGGAGCAGCAGGAGGAGGAUGAAGAGCAGGAGGAGGAGGAAGAGGAGGAGUCUCUGGACGCCAUCCGGGCUGCUGUGAAGCAGAAGCUGAACAGACGGAAGAGUCCUGGCCUGGAGGAGGAGGAGGAGGAGCAGGAGGAGGAGGAGAAGCCUCGGCGAGUGGAGCGCCGGGCGGCCCGGGCCAGCAGGGAGGCCAUGAAGCAGCUGCACAGCGAGUCCCAGAGGCUGCUGAGAGAGUCUUCUCUGGGGCUGCCGUACCACGUCCCCGAGCCCAAGACCGUGGACCAGUUCUACAAGAGGAGGAUCCGGCCGGGGGGGGGCGCCAUGGCGCUGCUCAAAGAGCCGGCCGCGCAGGUCCUGCCCCCCCCCGGACCGGCUGCCGCCUCGUCCCCCCAGAAGAGCCCCACCCGGCCCACAGAGGGCCCAGAACCGGACCAGGAACCGGGCCCGCUGCUGUUCCUCUCUGAGACCCAGCAGGAGGCGUUCCCUGCUGGGGGGGCGGCCCCCGCUGGCCCCCCAGAGCAGAACCAGGCUGCCCCGGACUCUGGGAUCCAGGAGCCGGCCCCUGCCAAGCCCAAGAGGGACAGGCUGACCCGGCUGAGGGAGCUGGGCCUGGACCCCCCCCCGGUGGCCCGGCUGUGCCCAGACCAGGGGGCCUUCGUGGAGCUGGACCCUGUCGGCUGCCACCCCGGUGUGGAGGCCCUGAAGGAGCGCUACCUGAGGCACGUCCAGCCGCCCGCCCCCCCCCAGGGGGAGCGCACCCUGCAGCUCAACAUCGUCCGCAAAGUCGGCGCCCCCGGCGGGGGGGGGGGCCCUGACCAGCUGGUGGCCGAGGCCGUCAGCGUCACCCUGAAGGAGGCCAGCGAGGAGCCGCCCACAAGGCCAGGAGAGAAGCUGCUGACUCUGAAGCAGCGGCUGCAGCUCGCCAUGAUGCAGCGCCGCAGGGAGGAACGCCAACGGAGGGAGGAGCUACGGCGCCUGGACAACGAGGAGCAGGAGGAGGAGGAGGAGGAGGAAGAGGACAUGACUGAUGAGUCAGGGGAGGAGGAGGGCGUGGACGAGCUCCUGGGAGGAGAUGGGGGUGAGGAGGAAGAGGAGGAGGAGCGAGGGGCUCAGAACCUGGACCUCCAGAACCGGGACGGCACGCUGCUGCUGUUCCCAGGAAGCUCCUGCUCACGGACCGGUGAUGGCGUGCGGAGGCCCGGCGCCGCGGACCCGGUCCAGGCCUUCGGAACCGGCCCGUCUCCGCCCCCAGAGGAGGACGACUCGCUGAAGGACAACAGCCACAACAGCAGCUUCGAGCUGGCCGCCUCCAUGCUGACCUCCUACCAGCCAAUCAGCAGCCAGCGGGGGCGAGGCCUCCCCGCCGCCGCCCUCCGCUCGCCAUCACCCGCCUUCUUCAGGCCCAGUCUGCUGGGCUCCGCCUCCAAGAGUUCUGGGAAGCUCUCAGAGUCCCUCUGCCUCCCUGUGGAGGACUCCCAGGACCUGUACGCCCCCCCAUCCCCCGGCGCUGACUCGGGGCCCCUGGGAGGCGGGGCCUGUGGCUCCUCAUUGGGGGGUGGGGCCUGUGGCUCCUCAUUGGGGGGCGGGGCCUGUGGCUUCUCCCUGGAGGACGACGCCCACUCGCAGCUGCUGGACGCCGACGGCUUCCUGAACGUGGGCCCGCGGGCCCCCCAGAGGCAGCUGGUGCUGGGCAGCCUGGACGAGAACGCCAUGGACGCCAACAUGGCCGACCUGCUGGGGCUAUGCUCGGGCGCCUUUGGGGCGGCGAGCGGAGGGGGCGGGGCCACGCAGGACAGCGAGCUGCUGGGGCUCUGCUCGGGGGCGUUUCCCCCAACGCCGGCCGAGGAGCAGCAGCCCGAGAGGGGACGUGAGAAGGAGCAGCUCCCCAGCCCAGGUUCUGCUCACCGAGCUGCUCCAGAACCACUCCGGCCAGAGUCUCCUCCAGCAGAGCUGCUUCCUCUGGACAGGAGGAGGCCCGAGGAGCGGCAACAAGAGGAGGAGCAGCAGCAGCAGGAGGAGGAGGAAGAGGAGGACUGCGAGUUCCACCUUCUGUCAGAUGUGGAGAGCGAGAAGGAGGAGGAGGAGGAGGAGGAGGAGGAAGGGGAGGAGCAGGAGGCCAGCGAGACCAACACUGAUGUGGAGGAGGAGGAGAUGCAGGCUGUGUUUGCCCCCCAGCGGCUGAAGGGCAGGAGGAAGAAGAUGCCUUGCUGCUGUUUCAGGGCUCUGAGGGACUAUGUGGACUCGGAGGCCGAGCUGUCGGGCAGCGACGUGGGCAGCGACGACGAGGACGCCGACGGGGGCAGCGAGUACGAGGAGGAGGAGCUGCUGGAGGAGCUGCCCUCCGACGAGGAGCUGCAGGACCAGGUCAACAAGAUCCACAUGAAGCAGGUCCUGGACGAGGACAAGCGGCGGCUGCGGCUUUACCAGGAGCGCUACCUGGCAGACGGGGACCUGCACUCAGACGGGCCGGGCCGGGCCCGCCGGUUCCGCUGGAGGAACAUCGACGACGGGUUUGACGUGGACAGAACUGGUGGCGAGGAGGAGGAGGGGGAGGGAGAGGAGGAGGACGUGGACGUCGCUGAGGUCGAGAGGAGGAAGGCCAGGCUGGAGAGGGAGCAGUGGCUGCGGGAGCAGGCCCAGCAGAAGGCCCAGAAAGGGGAGGACCUGGAUGCAGACGACGAGCCGGGGGGAGAGGACGACAGCCGCUUCAUGAAGCUGGCCAAGAAGCUGACGGCCAGGACGCUGCAGAGGAGAGCAGAGGCUCCCGCCGCACUGCAGGAACCACAGAAGAAGAAGAGCUCGCUGAACCCUUUCCAGAGGUCCUCGCAGCCCCUGCAGGUGAGGAGGGGCUCUCUGCUCAGCCAGCCCGCCGCCGUGCUGCAGAAGCUGGCCUCCCUCUCUGAGGGGAACCCCCUGGCGCCCCGGAGCUCCAGAGGCUUCCUGUUCCAGACGCUGUCCCCCGAGAAGCCCGGAGCAGCAAAGGGGGCUCAGGUGAGACCGGGAUCAGGCAUCCCUGGAACCCGACCGGGACCAGAACCAAACACCCUGAGGGCAGCGAGGGGGACUGAGCCCAGAGGCCGAGUGGCCGAGUCCUGGUUCCAGAGGCCCGAGUCCUGGUUCCAGAGGCCCGAGUCCUGGUUCCAGAGGCCGAGUCCUGGAUUCCAGAGGCCCGGGUCCUGGUUCCAGAGGCCCGGGUCCUGGUGUGAUGAAGAGGAGGGCUCCAGAGUCCAGCUGCCCAGCAGCAAAGCGGCCGUGCAGAGGAGCUGCUGCUCAGAGCUCAGCCAACCAGAGGAGCAUCUUCAGCUUCCUGGACCACUGAAGAGGACCAGGGGGGAUUAUCCGCCCGGCUGGGAGCGGCAGGUGCGUGCGCCGGGCGUGGGGGCCGGUGGCCGGCCAGUGGGGGGAGUCUGUCAUAGAGUCCAGGUCCUGCUGACCCGCUCCGCCUGGAAGUGGCCUCCCCGCUCCGAGCCCCGGCCUCUAAUCUCAGCCUCUCAAACUGUGGCCCCGGGCUCCUCGUGGCUCCUCCACAUAAUCCCCUGGAAGUGUGCGGCGCUGCUGAUUCCUCUGAAGCUCCACACAAAGCUUUUCCCAGCGUCCUCCAGCUCCCGGGGAUUAAUGCCCCCCGUUCGGAGGAGGCAGGAGGAACCCAGCCGCCACUCUGAGGCCGCCCGGAGUCCAGAACCCGUCUGA